CGUUUUCGCCCUUAUUUGAUCUGUCAAUCGAGUAUAACAAUGGCGAAUCGUACGGAUCUGGAGGAAAUGGGCAGAGAACUCCAAUGCCCCAUUUGUUUAAGUUUGCUGAAUUCUCCGGCCAGUCUCCCAUGCAGCCAUGUCUUCUGCAACUUUUGUAUCGUGAAGUCUAUGAAAUCGUCUUCUGAUUGCCCUGUCUGUAAAAUACCCUUCUUCCCUCGAGAGGUUCGCCCUAGUCCUCGUUCGCUCAAUUUGGUCAACAUUUACAAAAGAAUGGAACGCUCUUCUGGUAUGAACUUAUUCCUCACCCAGAAUCCGCACCACUCUAAGUUUUCAGAUGAAGAAACGCAAUGUCAAGCUGAUGCUGACUGUGGUAGAGAGGAUGCUACUCGAAGUCAUCCAAAUCCUGCUCAGAAAAGGAAAACCCUCAAAAACAGCGUGUCAGGGAAAAAGAAUGUUCCUGACACUGCAAAACCUUCUCUUCCAGCUAAGAAAAGGGUUCAGGUGCCACAAGAUCCUCUUUCUGAAACUCCAUUCAAAAAUUUAAGCUCUGGAGACUCCCUCUAUGGAACUAGAAAAGAGGGAAAAGAAAAGGAUACUGAUACUGCAAAUGAAAACCCUCUCCAAAGUGAAAGAGAUGUACCUGUUCUUUCACCUUUCUUUUGGUUAAGAGAGGAGGAAGGUGUUGAGAAUUUAAGUCAGCAAACUUUCGGAGAUAAGCUUAUAGAUGAAAGCCCAACACCAAGCCCUCCUUCAUUCAGUGAUCUCAAGGACUCUGAUGAUGAAAAUCCGACUAAACUGACAUUAUCAGAUGAAGUGCAAAAUAAAACCUCUUUUGAUCUCUUUGAUAGUGAGCUGUUUGAGUGGACACAAAGGCCUUGCUCUCCUGAAUUAUUUUCAAGUCCUGUCAAAUUGCAGCCUUUGAGUGCUGGUGUGAUCAGUGAAAAUCAAGAGGAUUUGCUGGAAGCCUCAAAAGAGCUUGAAAGGAAUAAAUCCAGUGAUUAUGCUGAAAAUACUAAACUUCAGAAUUCACAAAACGGAACUAGAUUGCCUGAUGUGUUACAACCCAGUGUGACUUCUCCAUUUAGGAGUUCUGGUGAUAUAAAUGGGGCAAAGAAGUACAAGAAGAGAAGCAGGAAGAUGAGGGAAAAAGCUGCUCAAGAACAGGUUGUGGAACAACAAGAUUCAAUUGAGGGAAUCAAUGUUGAUUCAAAUAGAUCAUUAGAAAUCACUGAGGAUCAAUCACGGGAGAAGCAACAAGCUUCUAAUCUGGGAAAGACUAAUAUAAAGUGCAAGAGGGUUUGUUUUGAUACUCGUACCGACUCCAAUAUAUCAGUAGUUUUUCGUAAUGGUGAAGUGAACAUGGCAAAGGAUUCAUAUAUUUCACAUUCCCAAAAAGAAACCAACAAGCUUGCUUGCCAAAUGAUUCCAGGUAAAUGCCAGAGUAAAAGAUCUGGAAAGCAAAAGCUGAAUUAUGUGCAGGACCAAGCUGAAGAAUUAUCUUGCAUGCAAAAUCAAACUGAUGAUGAAUUAGCUGGUUCUGCAUCAUCUAUGUUAAGUCAGCAGACAGACAAAAAUGGAAAGAUGUCCAAUAAAAGGCAAAUUAAAGGGAAAGUUUUCAGAAAGUCUAUUUCUUGCGGUAGCGAAUUGAGGAGUACCAAGAAAUUGAAACUUUCCUCCGAUUUUAUCUCUCAGACAAAGGCUGGUGAACAAAUCCAACCUAAUGAAAGUACCCAGAGGUGUCCUGGUGUCAAGGUUUUGGAUGAUACAUCUAAGGAGAAAUGUAGCACUUUGAUGCAUGUACCAGUUUUACCGAACUGUGAAAGUCAAGCUGAAAAGUAUCAAUGUGUUUUUUGUCACUCAUCAGAAGAAUCAGAGGUUUCUGGGCCAAUGAUGCAUUACUAUGGCACCAAGCCUGUUGCUGCAAAUUAUGAAGGAGGAUCCAAAGUCAUACAUUCUCACAGGAACUGCACAGAAUGGGCCCCCAAUGUAUAUUUUGAAGAUGAUAAUGCAAUUAAUCUUGAAGCUGAAAUAAGUAGGAGCCGGAGAAUUAAGUGUGGUUUUUGUGGACUCAAGGGCGCUGCUCUUGGUUGUUACGAGAAAAGUUGUCGUAGGAGCUUUCAUGUUCCUUGUGCCAAGUGGACUACGCAUUGCCGAUGGGAUAUGGAAAACUUUGUCAUGUUAUGCCCUUUACAUACUUCGUGCAUUUUACCCUGUGAGAGUUCAGGAUCCAAGGGUAAGAGCAAUAAGUGCAGAACGAGAGACAGUAAAAGCCUUGCUUUCAAACAUGGCCCAACAAAUCAGAAAGGGAUUGCUGUUGGAUCAUACAAGAAAAUUGUGCUUUGUUGCUCAGCUCUGUCAAUACAGGAGAGGGAUGUUGUUUCUGAAUUUCAAAGAGUAACCAAGGUUACUGUUUUGAAAAAAUGGGAUUCAAGUGUUACCCAUGUUAUAGCAUCAACAGACGAAAAUAAGGCUUGUAAAAGGACCCUCAAAGUAUUGAUGGGCAUACUGGAGGGGAAGUGGAUUCUCAAUAUUGAAUGGAUUAAAGCUUGCAUGAAGGAAAUGAAGCCUGUUGAUGAGGAGAGUUAUGAAAUCAAUCUUGACAUCCAUGGAAUCCAUGAUGGUCCUCAUCUUGGACGACUAAGAGUUUUAAAUAAGCAACCAAAGCUUUUCGAUGGCUUCAAGUUCUAUUUUGUGGGAGAUUUUAUGCCAUCAUAUAAGGGCUAUUUGCAAGAUCUUGUGACCGCUGCUGGAGGGGUAAUUUUGAAUAGAAAACCAGUGUCUGGUGACGCAAACUCAACAUCACCUGGUAUGCAUCCACCCCAGACACUCAUAAUUUACAACCUUGAGCUUCCUGAUAAAUGCAGUCCUUCCAAAAGGGAUACCAUUUCUACUCAACGGCGACAUGAUGCGGAGGUUCUAGCAAGCUCUACAGGUUCAAAGAUAGCAAGUAAUACAUGGAUUCUGAACUCUAUUGCAGCCUGCAAGCUGCAAAUCCUUGCUGAAUGAAAUUGUAUAUGUUGACCUCUUUUAGAUUAACGUGAUCCUAGACUAGUGUCUUGCUCUUUUUAUCCUUGUCUGUCAAGGCAUGCUUUAAUGACAAUAUCGUAUGUAAUUAUAUUAUAUAACCAUGGAAAA